UCCACAGCUCCUAAACAUUUAUUUCCUCAUUUUGUUACCUUGAUGUGCAGUAUCCUUCCUAGGACUCGGUGGGCCGCUGUUGACCAGCAUUACCCAGCUUUCAAGAAUAAUUAAUAGAGGAUCUACUCUCCGCUCUGUCUCAGUAACGCUGACUCUUAGCAAUAGGACACAGCUCCGUCUGGAUGAAACGGGAUUUUCCAAAAGCGCUCAUGGAUUAUUAUUUUUUUCAGUUUUUGAUUUCCCCUUUUAAAACAGAAAUGCUCACGCAUGCGUAAUUUGCCUCGGUUGAUUCCUUAAAGACUGCGAGUGGAUCUUUUUCUUUCGGUGGAUGAAUCUGAUAGAACAAUGAAGCGGGAGGUACUGUUGUUUUUCUCCGUGCUCUGUCUACCGGCGGUGCUUAGUCAAAUCAGCUAUUCAAUUCCAGAAGAAAUGUCUAAAGGCUCUUUAGUCGGAAACAUAGCCCAGGAUUUCGGUUUGGAUGUUAAACGCUUACGAGCUGGUAAAGCUCGCAUCCACACCGGAGACGACGCCGCGUACAUCCAGCUGAACAGGGAGCGGGGACUCCUCAUGAUUCAAGAAAAAAUAGACCGCGAGGCUCUCUGUGGGCAGGAAACGCCUUGUGCUUUACAUUUCCAGAUAGCAUUAGAAAACCCGAUAGAAAUAAUCUCUGUAACUGUCGAGAUUACCGAUAUUAAUGACAACCCCCCCAGGUUUGAAAAGGAAGAGAGGAGAUUUGAAAUCAGCGAAUCUGCAGUGGUUGGUUCUAAAUUUUUGCUUGAAAAAGCAGCGGACCUUGAUAUCGGACUCAAUGGUCUUCAGAGCUACAAACUGCAGCCCAACGACAAUUUUAUCCUUAAGCUGCACGGUCAGUCUGACGGCGCCAAAAAGGUGGAGCUGAUUUUACAGAAACCUCUAGACAGAGAGAAGCAGGAGUUCAUGUCGCUUUUGUUAACGGCGAUAGACGGUGGCGCGCCGCAGCGCUCCGGAACGAUGCAGAUUCACAUUACAGUGUUAGAUGUUAAUGACAACGCUCCUGUGUUUUCACAAGCGGUGUACAAAGCUGCAGUCAAAGAAAACUCGAUGGAGGGAACAAUGAUUACUAAGGUUAGCGCCUCAGACGCAGACAAAGGCUCAAAUGGACAGAUCAGUUACGUCAUCGUAGACAGCAUGGGGGGGAAUUCAAAACACUUUCACGUCACUGAAGACGGUCAUGUUAUACUGAAUGGACCAAUAGAUUAUGAAAAAGCCAAAAUGCAUGAAAUAUACGUAGAGGCAGUGGACCAAGGAGGACUUUCUGAUUCGGCUAAAGUUAUAAUUGAUGUAGCUGAUAUUAAUGACAACAAUCCAGUGAUAAAUAUAAUUUCAUCAUCAAAUUCAAUAGGAGAAAAUUCCAAACUGAGCACUGUGGUAGCUAUAAUGAGCGUAAAUGACCCGGAUUCUGAGGAAAAUGGUAAAGUGCGCUGUACAAUUAAUACAAAAAUGCCAUUUUCAAUAAAAACUACAUCAAACAAUCUUUAUAGUCUGAUGACAGACAGUGAGUUAGACAGAGAGACAGCAUCAGAGUAUAACAUCACUGUGACCUGCUCUGAUGAAGGAGUCCCCUCCCUCUCCAGCAGCGUCACUCUCACCUUACAGAUCUCUGAUGUGAAUGACAACGCACCUGUCUUUGAGAGGAGCUCAUAUGAGGCCUACAUUGUAGAAAACAACACACCAGGUGUGUCUAUAUUCACAGUGAAAGCCACAGACGCUGACUGGAAGCAGAAUGCGCGUGUUUCUUACAUCCUGGAGGACUCCUCUGUGAACGGAGUGCCAGUCUCCUCAUAUGUGUCCGUCAGUGCUGACAGUGGAGUCAUCCACGCAGUGCGCUCUUUUGACUACGAGCAGAUCAAAGACUUCCGCUUCUGUGUCAAAGCUCAGGAUGGAGGUUCUCCUCCACUCAGCAGCAACGUGAGCGUGAACAUCCAGAUCCAGGACCAGAACGAUAACCCGCCUCAGGUUCUGUACCCGGUCCAGACUGCUGGCUCUGUGGUGGCUGAAAUGGUGCCUCGUUCAGCUGAUGUGGGCUACCUGGUGACUAAAGUGGUGGCUGUUGAUGUGGACUCUGGACAGAAUGCCUGGCUCUCCUAUAAACUGCAGAAAGCCACAGACAGGGCGCUGUUUGAAGUGGGCUCCCAGAAUGGAGAGAUCCGAACUGUCCGCCAAGUGACGGAGAAAGAUUUGCUCAAACAAAGACUGACUGUGAUCGUGGAGGACAACGGGCAGCCCUCUCGUUCAGCUACAGUCAUUGUUAACGUGGCGGUGGCGGACAGCUUCCCUGAAGUGCUGUCGGAGUUCAGCGACUUUCCACACGACAAGGACUACAAUGACAACCUGACUUUUUACUUAGUGCUGGCUCUGGCUGUGGUUUCUUUCCUCUUCAUCACGUGUUUAGUGGUCAUCAUCUCCGUCAAGAUCUACCGAUGGAGACAGUCUCGCGUCCUGUAUCACUCCAGCCUCCCUGUCAUUCCAUAUUAUCCUCCACGGUACUCAGACACUUUGGGCACAGGGACUCUGCCACACACGUACAAUUACGAGGUGUGCAGGACCACUGACUCCAGAAAGAGUGACUGUAAGUUCGGCAGAGCUGGGAGUCAGAACGUGCUGAUAAUGGACCCCAGUUCUACAGGAACCAUGCAGCGGAUGCAGAGUGAGAAGAGCAUCCUGGAUGAACCAGACUCUCCUCUAGAGGUCAGUUGUUAUGGUUAGAUUUCUUUAUGUAGAUUUUCCUUUAAAAAUAGUCUUUUAGUUUGGGAUAUUGCAAAAACUUCAGCACCUUGGACAGCGACAUAUCCAGCUGUUACUGUCUUUGUACCCUUGUCUGUGGGUUAUAUAGUUUGAUUUGUCAUUGAAAAAAACUGCCUUCUGCAAUGUCCUAAGUAGUUGAUGAAACUUUCAGCACCAUGGAUAGCAUUUUCAGUCCUUUUUUAAACAUCCAUUACUAAUGCUUGGCUUGGUCAGUUACUUCAAAUGAAUUUCCCUUAAAAUAAAACCUUAAGAAUAUCUGUAAAAUAGAAGCUGUUUCGUUUUUUUUUUUUUUUUGAGGUUUCUCUAUUUCAUUUUUCCAUCAGUACCAAGGACAGCCUUUAUGGCAUUGGCUCAAUCUGUCAAAAAAGCUUUUUUUUCCCUUCCCAAUACGAGUCUUUCUUUGUUCAUAAGAUCACAUUCUUGAUAUUUUAAACAUUUUUAACAAUUUAAAGAAAUUCAGCAUCAAGAGUUAGUAUUUUUUUCUAAACAAAAAUUGGACCAAAUA